CGCCUGGCGGUGAGCUCCUGUUAGCAGGGAGGCUAAAGAAGAGUGUGAGCGUAGAGGGGAAGAAGGGAGAAAGCAAAUAGGUUAGAAAUGUGUAUCAGAGUGGUAUGGGCGGGCGCUAGGACCCGGCGUCAAGAAGAUGCGGCUUUGGGGCUGCCGGGGUUCGCGCUUGCCUGGAGGCAACGCAGCAGUGCCAGAGGUCUUUGGCCGGGACGAAACGCUGCAGGGAAGGGUGACUUGUCUGCAGCCGGCCUCGGCUUGACUUUCCCUACCCACAAUUCUGUAUCCCUUCCCGCCUAUUGCAGCGGGGUAGAGCUCCUGUCUCGGAUGGCACAGCCUCGCCUCCUGCUCCGUGGUUCCUUAUUGGCUCCACAGCCCAUCCUUUAGUACCCCUGAGCCCCUGAGCUAAGUGGUCGAGGCCGUGGCGUAGCCUGGCUGCUGAUUGGCGAAGACGAGGGAGGGGCGGGGCUGUGGGAAACUCUGGGCCCCCGCCGUUCUGUGGUUAUUUCCCGCCAUGUCGUUUGUGGAGAGCGGCAGGCGUUCGGCUCCGCGGCGUCGCGGUCUUGGCACCCCAGCACCUUUCUCUCGGCCUGUGUAUUCUGUAUUCUCUCAGGGGAACAGCUGGGGUGAAGGCGAAGUUGAUGAGGUGGAAGGAUGCGAUCAAGUGGCCCGUGACUUGCGAGCGGAGUUCUCAGCCGGGGCGUCGUUGGAGCCCAGAAGGGGCCCCCAGCUUCUCCCGCCGGACGGGGAUGGGUCGCCCGUCCUACCCGAUAAACGCAAUGGCAUUUUCCCCGCAGCUACGCGUAGCCGGGCCCAGGCUCGGCGAUGGCCGAUCCAGGUCCUGUCUAUUCUCUGCUCGCUGCUGUUCGCCAUCCUCCUCGCUUUCCUCCUCGCCAUCGCCUACCUGAUCGUUAAAGAAUUGCAUGCUGAGAAUUUGAAAAAUGAAGAUGAUGUACAUACUGGACUAUUAGGAUUCUGGACUCUACUUAUAAUAUCCCUAAUUGCUGGAUUCUCCUGUUGCAGCUUUUCUUGGACAGUUACAUAUUUUGAUUCUUUUGAACCAGGAAUGUUUCCUCCUACUCCUCUUUCACCUGCCAGGUUCAAGAAACUGACCGGACAUUCUUUCCACAUGGGCUAUAGCAUGGCAAUUUUGAAUGGAAUUGUAGCUGCUCUUACUGUGGCAUGGUGCCUCAUGUGAAACCACACUGGAACGAUAUUUUGGCAAAAUUGUGAUUAUUUUGUAAUAACAGAAAAAAAAAUCGCCUGCUCAGAAUACUAAGAAGUCAUUAUAUGGUUCAGAUACAUAUCAUAAUCGUCAUCAUCAUGAAGGACCUUUUAAAACAUCAUUCUGGAGUCUAGGCAUUGAAAAUAUCUUGAAUAUUAAGUUUCGAGUACUUUUUAAAAGUAUAAGAUUCUUACCUCAUUCUUUUACUUUUUUGUGUGUUUCUUAUAAAAUAUAGAAAACAUUUUAAUGGAAAUCAAACUUGGACACUUGAAUACAGGAUAAUGCCUACCUUUCCAUGUAUAUAUACAACAAUUUUGCUAAGAAAUACUGAUUGAGAUAGAAAUAUUUCUUUCUUACAUAUUACAUUACGAAAACAAACUGCCUACUUUCCUGACAUUUUAUAGAAGCUACUUUUAAAUAAAAAUAUUUAGUUUUUGAUAUUCA